AUGGUUUGCGUUCCUUGUUUCAUCAUUCCAGUGUUGUUAUAUUUAUGGCAUAAAUUUAUUCAACCUUACGUUCUUCGCUUCUGGAAUCCUUGGGCUGUAAAAGACGCUGAUGGCAAUGUUACGACCGAAUUCCCUUUCAAAUGUGAAGGAGGAGUGUGCGCAUUUAGUGGAAAGAAAAUUGAAAAGAAACAAACCGAAGACGCUGACAAAAUGGAUCUUAAUGCUACCCCAGAGACGGAAAGAAUAAAGUCAGAUUGA